UGCCACCGCUACACGUUAAACAUGAAAUAAGUCACUGUACUUUCAACUAUUUUAACUCAAUUAAAACCAUAAAAUGUGGCGGCUAAACAAAGUUCGGCACAAAGCGGGCCGACAAGGCGACGGUUUGGAGGAGCUCAGACUGAAGAGGCGAGAACACGAGAGAGCACUGAGACAGGCCCGCAGAGACAGACAGCUUGUGAGCAAGAGACUUCUGCUGAGUGAAGAUGAGGAGCAGCAAGACAUCACCAUGGACACAACCGCAGGAGAACAGGACGUGGUCAGUUUGGUUCACAAACUUCAACACAGCGGCCCGGAGAAGGAAACCAACCUGAAGGCCUUGAGUAAAGCUCUGCGUGACCCAUCAGCACAGCUCACCUUCAUCAAGCAGGAGAACAGCAUGCAUCUGCUGGUCGGCCUCCUCACUGGCUCAGAUGCUCAGUGCCGUCUGCAGGCUGUUCGGUGUCUUCAUGAGCUGUCUCACUCUCCCCACAAAAACGUGGCACCAGCCUGUCUCCCUGCCACGUCCUACCUGCUCACCUACCUGUCUGGCCCGAGCACCAAGUUCACAGAGCUGUGUCUCUACACACUUGGUAAUAUUUGCCCAGACAGUGAUGUUGUAAAAGAGAAGCUCCUGGCACAGGGGAUCAUACCAGCUCUGACCAGCUGUAUGGAGAACCAGAGACAUAACCUUGCAGUGGUAGAAGCUGUGGGCUUCACCCUCUCCCAGCUUCUCCAGACCAAAGAUGCAGCAGAGAAAAUAAUCCCGAUGGUCCUGGCCUCCCGCUUACCUUCACACUUGUUAUCAGUCCUCACUCCCGACCCCAAGUUCGGCCUGGCUCCUGCCAUUGAGUGUGCGUGGUGUCUGCACUACCUCACGUGCAGCUCUGAGGAUAACAGGGAGCUGCUGUCUGGAGGCGCCCUGUUGCAGUGCAGUUCCCUGUUAGUGUCACUAGGCCGCGCUGUAGCAGAGGGAAACAAAGAUGAGGGAAUAGAGCUGCUUGUCUGUCCGGUGCUGAGGUGUGUAGGAAACCUCCUGUCCUCCUGCCCAGUGGAAGAUCUGAGCACCCAAGUGGGCGACGUUCACCUCGUGGUUGCUCUGUGUGCACUCGUUCAGGCCUACCUGCACACUCGCCCCGCUUUGGCCAGAGAGACCGUCUGGGUCCUCAACAACCUCACAGCUCACUCCAAUGAAUUCUGCUCUGCUCUUUUGACCCUCAACUUGGUCCCAGGACUGAUCCAGCUUCUGCCUUUCUCUCAAGGCAUCAACACUAUGAUCCUCAGGAUUCUAGCAAACAUUGCCCACAAGAAAAAGGAAUUCUGUGUCCAGCUCACACAGCUUGGAUUGCUGUCUGCGCUCUGUGCCACACUUAAAAUGAUGGACCAGGAAAUGGUGACCCUGAGUCUGGAUGUGCUGUUCAUGCUGGUAGUUAGUAGUCCACAGGUGGCAGAGGAGUUUGUAAAGCAAGGUGGGCUUUCACUGUUAGAAGCCAUUCAGUACAACGGUGAAGGAGAGAGGAGGCGGAGGGCAACAUAUCUGCUGGAGCAGCACUUACUGUCCUACCAACAAUACUCAACGAUCACAUAGUUAUGUUUUCUUGGUUGAAUCUGUAGUAGUUCAGGAUUAAAAAUGACUGGUGUGAGCUGCUGUGUCACGAGGUGGACAAUAUACCAGAUCCCUGAACCAUCAACAAAACAUCUAAAAACAUAAGAACACACCUCAGGAUACAAGACAACUCCUUUGUCAGGGUUUUUUCACCACAGAGGGAUUUUUGAGGCCUCCACUCUGCUGACCGAUCAUGGUGCCCAUUCUGGGCAAGAAAAAAUCUGGUUAAUGCUCAGACUUGUGUACGUUUUAGAAUUUUUUUAAUGCUGAUAGACAGACAUUGUUUUUGUAUUUAUGCAUAGAUUUCAAUGUUGAGUGUAUUAUUGGUGUUGUCACUAAUGGUGUUUGAGAUUAAAUAUAUUUUUAAUUACCUGAGAA